CUGAUAAAAAUAGGCAGUGAUGCCCCGCCCAACCUGGAACCUGAUGCUGAGCUCAACUAUAACUGUACCUGUGUUCUGACUGGCAACUUCACUAACUUCUUUGGCACAAUUCUGCCGUACAACAGUUCCAUAGAAAACGGAACCUACCAGAAUACUACAUCAUAUGCUGCCUUCACAAAAGAAGGUCGCACAAUGUGUCUAGAAGAGGAAGGUACAUUGGUUGGAGACGGAUGUACAACACCAUUCUACGUCCCAGAUGUUUUCUUCUUCUCCUGUCUCCUGUUCAUCGGAACGUUCUCCCUGGCCAUGUCUCUCAAGCUGUCCAGGAAUGGGGCAUUUUUCCCCACCGUGGUGCGUGGGGUUAUGAGUGACUUUGCUGUACUGAUCGCCAUCUUAAGCAUGGUACUGUUGGACUUUCUAGUUGGUAUCAAAACACCCAAGCUGAACGUGCCCCGUGAUUUUGCACCAACCAACCCCAAGAGGAAGUGGCUGGUCAGCCCUGUUGGAUACAACCCCUGGUGGACCACACUGGCAGCCCUGAUCCCAGCCCUUCUGUGUACCAUCCUCAUCUUCAUGGACCAACAGAUCACAGCUGUGAUCGUCAACAGGAAGGAGAACAAGCUACAGAAAGGAUCUGGUUAUCACCUGGAUCUGUUUGUGGUGGCUCUGCUGAUUGUUAUCUGUUCCUUCCUGGGUCUGCCUUGGUUUGUGGCUGCCACGGUCCUCUCCAUCAAUCAUGUCAACAGCUUGAAGAAAGAAUCUCAGUGUUCGGCUCCUGGGGAGAGACCUAAGUUUCUGGGUGUCAGGGAACAGAGAGUCACCGGUACUUUGAUCUUCUUGUUUAUUGGUCUAUCUGUCUUUCUGACCUCAGUACUCCAAUUUAUCCCCAUGCCUGUUCUCUUUGGAGUGUUUCUCUACAUGGGUAUCUCCUCACUGAGAGGCAUGCAGUUGAUCGACCGCAUCAUGAUCCUGUUGAUGCCCGCCAAGUACCAGCCAGACUACAUGUACCUGCGGCACGUGAGAACCAAGAGAGUGCACCUGUUCACCUGCAUCCAGGUGCUGUGUUUGGCCUUUCUCUGGGUCAUCAAGUCCAUCAAGUCCAUCUCCAUUGCCUUCCCUGUUAUGGUACUGGCCAUGUGCUUCAUCCGCAAGGGUAUGGACAAAAUCUUUACCCAGCAGGAGCUCAAGUGGUUGGAUGACAUCAUGCCAGAGGUUCACAGGAGGGAGAAAGAAGAUGAGGAGAAGAAACAAGAAGAGCAACGAAGGUCACUCAUAGAAGAAACAACCGCCAUACCCAUGGCAGCCCUGGGUUUCUGUAUGACCGGUGAAAGCUGGACUGUGAAAGCAGAGGUUGACACAGUCAAUAUAUCCGAAGAGAUGUCAAAAACGGCCAUGUGGAAGUCCAUCAUGUCCAAUGAGUCCUCAUCCAGUCUGCAGCAGAAGGCAGCAGAAGAGGAUGGUGGGCACAAAAGUAGCUCCAAGAAAAAACAGAAGAAGCAUAGCUCCAAGAGGAAUGGGGGUAGACCUCAACUGGGCGGUGUGGAGGAGGAGGCAGACGAUGUACACGGCACCAUGAACUCAACGUCUGUAAACAAGAACAAGGCUCCGGUGAAGUUCUACAUCGACGAUCAUGAUGACCAUGAGGAGAAAGAGAAUUUGAUCAAGACCCCGGAGAUUGUCGUCGACCCACCCAGUGAUGUUCAUUCUAGGACCCCCGAUAGGGAAACAGAAGGCAAUAACUCUCGGUGUUGA